GCAAAUUGUUUCGAGGGGAGAAAUUUGUUUGCAAGUUGUUUUGAUUAGAAAACAUAGAAAACAGCACGGACUGAUUUUCACUUUACUGCAUAGGAAGGAGAUACAACUUGUGAGAAGACGAAGUGAAAGGACGACUUGUGGACUUCUAAGUAGACGAAAAGAAAGGAGGACGCCUAGGACCACAUCAAAGUAGGUAAAAAGAUACACUAGAACUAGAUUCAUAUCAAGAACAUCUACCUGUUGCUGUUGUACUAGUUUUUCUUCUUCUCCAAUCUACUCUCUGCUCAAAAUGGCAAGCCGUGGUGGUGUGCGUGGUGGCAACCGAAGGAAGCUCACGUAUCUUCAUACUCAUGAUCUUCUUUUAGUUUUUACCUACACACACUCAUUGAAAAUGAAACUCAUCUUCAUUUUUCCAAGUAAGUUAGAUUUCGCAUCAUGGAUGAAUGAGUGAAUGAAAGGAAAAAGCCAAACCUUCUAAUCACUUCCUAAGAACCAGGUACGAGCGACCUGGACUCACCGAAGACGAAAUUGACGAAAUCCGAGAAGCCUUUAACCUAUUCGAUACAACCGGAAGCGGCACAAUAGACCCAAAGGAGCUAAAGCAUGCUAUGCAAAGUUUAGGAUUUGAUAGCAAGAAUCCUACGGUAUUCGAAAUGUUGAAUAUUUGUAAAAAUUUUGGGCUUCCUCGUGGUGAUAACAUUCAUGCUAUUAACAAAUAGGCUUAUUAAGGCUGCGUUCCUCUGCAGCGCAGAAAUCGAUCUUCGCCAUGAUGGUGUCAAGAAACGUCAACAAAGAAAAGAGAUGAACAUUCUUAGAAUUAGAGCAGUUUAUAGGGGUGCCAGAUCCGGGAUGGGAUGGAUCGGAUGGAACGGAUGGACUUCCCACCAUUUCAAGUAGGACCGGAAGAAUCAGGGGGGUCCAUCCGAUCCAUCCAAGUCCAUCCUACGUCCGUUCUCUAAACUACACUAGAAUAUUGCCGUCAAUUUCAUCAAAAAUUUUGUUGAAACGCAACAGGUUUUCCAGAUGAUCCAGGAACUGGAUCGGGAUGUUAGUGGUAUGAUCGAAUUUGAGCAAUUUCUGGAUGCGAUUACGUCAAAACUUGGCGACAAAGAAACGCGAGAAGGAAUUUUCAGAAUUCAUGCCUUGUUUUUAUGGAACACCACCUCGUGCUAGGUAAAUGAAUGAAUGAAUGAAUGGACGUUUGAUGCUUCAAAAUUGGUUGUACAAUACGGCUUGCUCCUGCUCUCAUUUGAUCGAGAAUGGUGGAAGUAGGAGGUUCAGGUGUUGAUAACAUGUGAUGUAUCAUAUUCCUAUACGCGACUAGUUUUUCUCAAGAAAUUAUCAUGCCAACUCCAUGGACAGCUCUAAUCUCCGAUGACGACAAGACUGGCGCAAUCACCGUGAAGAAUCUGCAGAGGGUGGCAAAAGAACUUGGUACUACUACGUUUUCUUGAUGGUUGAUAAAAAUAUUGAUAAUAUUAAAGGAGGAAUAAAAGGAAUCAUCGGAACAUGGGUCCAGUAUGCAACAACAUAUUUAUCGUCUGAAAUAUAUGCACAGUACUGUAGUUCUUUACUACAAUAUCACAGGAGGAGCAUCCUUCCACCAGACAGUAGAUCAUACACAUACAUAAAAAGCUUAUGCACGCACAUUUUCAGGUGAAACGAUGUCUGAGGAGGAGCUCCGGGAGAUGAUCGAGCGAGCAGAUAGCAUGGGCAAUGGAGAAAUCUCUGUUGAGGACUUCUACACGAUCAUGACGAAAAAGACGUUCCCAUGAUCUAAAACAAGGGGUCGAGAAUGAUCGUUUCCAUGAUCGUUUCGCGCGUGGUUUGGGGUCGUUUCGCGCGUGGCUUGUCUUUUCGUUCAUCAGUUACCAGGUGCUGGUAAUUUGUACCUGGACAUCAAUGUUGGGGUCGUUGUACAAGAGGAUAUUCAUGAUCGUGACCUGUUGCUGGUUAUAGAAGUACUGCAUUAUUUGAGAACUUCUUUUUUUAGUUGGUGUUUUUUUCAUUGAAAAUUAUUAAGACUGCCACAACUAUCCCCGAACUUCAACUUCAUCUACUAGCCAUGAACUGUAGAUGAAUCUCGAACUCGAUCGAGUCACAGACCUCAAAUGAAAGCAUUCUACUGCCGUCACGUGCCCAAAGUGGCAAGAUGAAGAAUGAAUUAUGAGGUUGACAUGCUCCAGCAGUCCUUAACCCGUGAAAAAUGAAUCGAAAAUUCGACAAAUUAGGGGAU